GGUUCCGGAGCUACUGGGGCCGACUUUUCAAUCGGGUCAACCAAAAAGCGUCCCCCCUCUUCCCCAGCGGGCACUGCUCGAAAAUUCCCCUCAUUCUCCCCUAUAAAAAGCCCUAACCCUACCUCUCUUCUUGUUUCCAACUCCGAUCCAUGGCGCAUCGAUCUCUCCCCUUCCUCAAAACCCUCCUCCGAUCCCGCCUAAACCCCUCCCGCUCCGUCACCUACAUGCCCCGCCCCGGCGACGGCGCCCCUCGCCCCGUGACCCUAAUCCCCGGCGACGGCAUCGGCCCUCUCGUCACCGGCGCCGUCCAGCAAGUGAUGGAGGCGAUGCACGCCCCCGUCUACUUCGAGACCUACGAGGUCCACGGCGACAUGACCGCGGUCCCUCCCGAGGUCAUCGAUUCGAUCAAGCGCAACAAGGUCUGCCUCAAGGGAGGAUUGGCGACCCCUGUCGGCGGAGGGGUGAGCUCCUUGAAUGUGCAGCUGAGGAAGGAGCUGGAUCUGUUUGCGUCGCUUGUCAAUUGCUUUAAUUUGCCGGGGCUGCCGACGAGGCACGAGAAUGUUGAUAUUGUGGUGAUAAGGGAGAAUACUGAGGGGGAGUAUUCUGGGUUGGAGCAUGAAGUGGUCCCUGGUGUUGUUGAGAGCCUUAAGGUGAUAACGAAGUUCUGUUCAGAACGGAUUGCGAAAUAUGCUUUUGAGUAUGCUUACCUUAACAACAGAAAGACAGUUACUGCUGUGCAUAAGGCCAACAUUAUGAAGCUUGCAGAUGGCCUGUUCCUAGAAUCAUGCCGUGAGGUUGCAACAAAAUAUCCAGGGAUUAAGUACAACGAGAUCAUUGUAGACAACUGCUGUAUGCAACUUGUUUCGAAGCCGGAACAGUUUGACGUUAUGGUCACACCAAACUUAUAUGGGAAUCUAGUGGCAAACACUGCUGCAGGUAUCGCUGGAGGCACAGGUGUCAUGCCUGGAGGCAAUGUUGGGCAAGGCCAUGCGGUAUUU